GGGAACUACAGUAUGGCUAUCGAACUCUUUUAUAGUUUAAUUGUCAUUUUUUCUGUGAUGGUGGAAAAAGAAGAGGUGAUUGUUCGUUGCAAAUGCGUAAUCUGCGCUGAAGUAAUCGCUAGGACCAACAUGACAGCCUUGCUUUGUGGGCAUGUUUUCCAUGAUGAAUGCAUUCAAAGUUGGAUUGAUCAUACGGAUACACCCACUUGUCCAAAUUGUGGAACUUCCAUCAACAAAGAGCAGAUAGUACGACGCUUGUUCUUUAGUGACACCGAUGAGCUAGACGAUCUAGACGACACAACACUUAUCGAUGAACUUUUGAAAAAAGUUGAUAACUUGGAGGCUGAGAAGGACAACUUAAAUAGGCAGCUGGAUGAAGCAAAGAAUCUACAUAGAAAGCUCACAGAAGAACUAAACUUAGAGAGGGAACAAAGAAUUUUACAUGAGAAGGGGAGUAAAGGCUAG